AUGCCUGAGAAGCAGUCCACCUCCUCUCCCUCCGUCAACACAGCAAAGCGUGCUCAGCCCGCUGGUAAUACCAACGAGUCCUCAUCCAAUGAUCAACCCCUCAGGGGAUCCGCCGGAGAACUCCUCAAGGGUUGCCAAGAGGAUGGCGCACACCCUUACUUGCUCCUGGCCAAGAAGCUCGACCUCGAAACCGAAGUGGAAAUCACCAAACGCGUCAAGGAUGAUGUCGUUGUUGGUCUGUACUAA